AUGGAGCUCCUGAAGCAAGCAAUAUUGAAAGAGACCUUCCCAAGCUGGAGUGGGCAGGAGAGUUUCUCCGUUGUUAAAGUCAACUAUGUAAUUUCAAACAAAGACCAAGGAGGAAUUACUGUGUCCAUCUCAGGACUGUUUAUUGCCGUUAUCUUCAAAGUGUCAAGGGAUAGCACAGGGCGCUUGUCCAUGCUGCUACACAAUUGCCAGCUGAGCAUUAAUAGUGUAAAAGUCAAGUUAAAUGGAGGAUCUAGCUGGAUCUACAGCUUUCUAUCUGGUUAUCUUGAGAAGCCCAUUCACACCAAAUUGGAUAAAAAUCUAUGCCUAAAUAUCAAAUACAAAAUCCAAAUGAUGGAUGCACAGCUAAGAAGGCAUAAGGUCUUAAGCCAGAUUGAUGCCUUUGCACAAAUAGACUAUUCCCUAGUUAGUUCUCCAGCAGUCUUCAAAUCACACAUUAACUUGGAUUUGAAGCUUGCUACUACUUUUAACGUAAAUACCGCCUUAUUCCAAGAUUUUGUUCCUGAGAUUGCUCUGAGUUACACAACAGCAUGCCCAGUGCUGCUGAAGCUGAUGGCUACAUCACCACCUGUGGUCAGUUUAAAUGCAGACAUAUGCAUCCUACAGAUCACUGGCUGUGUAAAAGUGUUUGCUGUUCUGCCAAAUUCAACCACCCAGUACAUCUUUACAGGGAAUCUAACAGCCAGUACCAGAGCCAAUUUGACAAUAACCAAACAGAAGUUGAUUAUCUCAUUACUUCUGAAGAGGUUCCAGUUCUCCCUGCUGCACUCCACUCUUGGCUUCUCUGAGCAGACGUCACUGGUGGAGAACUUUCUGUCUUAUGCUUUACGGAGUGCAGUGAUCCCAGUAAUCAAUGAUAAACUAGGAAAAGGAUUUCCUCUUUUUAACUUGGCCCGCACUACCCUGACUGGACCUGUAAUAAAAAUGAAUCAGGGUCAUCUGGUGAUUUCUGCUGAUGUUCGCUACAAACAUAAAGAAGGGGGAGAUGAGGACCUUCACAGUCACUCCUAA